UUCAGCAAACUGCACAGUCUGACUUUUGAACUUGCACCGCAUAAACAGUAUUGUACCAUGGAACGGUAGUUUUUUUCCUACACUUCUCCGCGGUUAUGCCCUGACCUUCAUCUACAUUUCACGCACCCAACGGGAAUAAAUGCCCACGCUUAUUAGCAAUGGAAUGGAUGAAGCCCAGUAACUGGAAUUCCUAACUGGAUUAAACGCGGUUAAUUGGCGUUCACUAUUAAAUUUUAUUACCGGUAUUAUGGACUUUUUAUUCUUGAUGGUUUGCUGUGGAAUGGCCAGUCUCCCGGGCGCUUUAAGGAAAAUCCAGAACGGGACCGUCACCCGCCCACUAACGACCCCGUCCCCGGAAUCCCUCCUGGAAGCCUCCAGACUAAUCCGCCGCGGCCGAAAGUCCAAACGGGAAUUCUUCCACAAACCCGAAUUCAACAUCCAGACCUACAGCAACUCCCUCUCCAUCGAACUCCAACCGGAAAUCGCUCCCGCGGAACUGCAGAAGAUCAAAGACCAGGACACCCCGCCCAAACAGGACCCGCCCGUGUGGGACGCCCUCAAGGACCUCCAGCGGCACUCCACCCAGGAAUCGCAGGAGCUGCUGCGCUCGGCCAUCCCGGGCGUGGACUUCCCGACGCUGGCCAGCAUCCCCAACACCAGUUUCUCUUGUGAUGAGGCCGGGCAGCCGGGGUUCUAUGCCGACGCGGAGACCGGGUGUCAGGUGUUCCGGCGCUGUGAUUUCCGCGGGCUGAAGUGGAGCUAUUUGUGUCCCAACGCCACGCUAUUCAACCAGAUCACGCUGGUAUGUGACUGGUUUUUUAAUGUGGAUUGCUCCAAAACGAAACUAUUUUAUCAUUACUCCAACUCCCGGUUAUACCAUCCCAACUGGCCGUUGCUGGAUGACCAGAGUGUGCCGUAUCCCGUGGCGGACGCCAGCGGACAGCUCAAUGCCGACGACACCGACGAACGGCUGGUCCGCCGGAAGAACGGCCGCCGCACACUGGCCACUACCGCACAGCCCACGCGAUCCACAACGACCACAAUAGCGUCCACUAUCAGCACACCCACGCAGCCGGCAAUAACCAUGACCUCGACGGCGCGGAAGGCCGUUAGCCAUCUGGCAGUGGAGCAUUUGCGGAAACGGACCACCACCGCCCCCGUCGCCACGACCGCCGACCCCGACGCGUGGCGCCACCGGCCGUUCAGGCUGGUGUGGGGCGGCAGUUACGUUUCCUAA